UUAAACAUCUGGAUCUGAGAUUUGAGAAGACAGGUUCAAGAUUGAAAAGAAAUUUGCCUUUGAAAACGGAGUAUAACAAAAAUAAAAUUAAAAAUGUUGGGAGUAUAAUGCGAUAAUUAAUCAAUCAAUCAGAAUCCGGUUCGUUACCAAAAUGCUCUCAUUUUCUUCUUUAUUCUCCCUCCAUUUGCGUGCGUUUCUCGAUGCCCUAAUCACAACAUCACCUUACUCAAACAACCACAACUUCAAUGAGUACGUCUCGUCCGUGCCCUUCUCUCAAAUCAUUUUCCAACAAAUUUGGAGGAAUCCUGCGGUGUUGCAAUUCAACAAACAAGUAUGAGAGGUUGGACAGUGAGCUUGAGAGGAAACUGGUGGAGGCCAAACAAAGAAGUACACAAAGAGAUAACAAAAUCAAAUCCAUGAAUAGCAUCAUUCUGCGGUUUCCUCAGUUCCGAGAAGGAUUGGAAGAGAUUCGGGGCGUUUUUCGACAGUUCGAUGUUGAUUCAAACGGAAUCAUUGAUCGUGAGGAGCUAACAAAAUGCUUGCAGAAAUUGCAAUUCGACUGCACAGACCAGGAAAUUAACGACCUUUUUGAGUCUUGUGAUUUGGGCAGGAACAAAGGCAUGAAAUUUAAUGAGUUUGUAGUUGUAUUGUGCCUUAUUUAUCUCCUUGGUGGUACUUUAUCUUCAAACCAUAUGGCGACAACAAUGGUAUCUCCAGAGCUUAAAGCAACGUUUGAUUCCAUAAUUGACGCCUUCUUAUUUCUUGAUAAAAAUGGCGAUGGGAAGCUGGACAAGAAGGACAUGAUCAAAGCUAUGAAUGAUGAUUUCCCGAAGGAGAAAUCUCCUGCACACAUCACCAUGACUCGAUUUAGUAAUCCCCUAACUCUUAGGAGAAUUGGACUGGAACAAGGAUGGGAAAGUCGGGUUCAGGGAAUUCCUAUUCUCUCUGGUCAACUGGGUCGGGAUUGACUCCCACGACGAAGGCCAUAUCACAACAAUCUAAAAUCAACAACAGCAACAACGCAAUAUAUGUACUUAAAUCUUUUCAUAUUUGCAACAUAUAACUUUGUGACAUUCUUAUUAGGUUCUUUACAUAUCUGGGAAAAGAAAAAAUAAACUAAAAAAAUAUAGGUGUAAA